AUGAACCCAACCGGCAGGAUCACAGUAUCGCCGGUGUUCGUGGAGGGAGCUACGAUCCAGAUGUUCUUGUCGAUUCAUGUGAUUUGUGCCGUAUUCUGGUGCACAAGAGCUGUGAACGGCAGGUUGCGUACACUACUUGUGGUUAUGAUCCCUGUUGGCUGCCUGCUUUUUCCCCUGGUACAUUCAAUGCGCAAAAGCUGCCUGCGCAAGCAAGAGUUCAUUCGUCGGCUAGAGACGUUCGACGUCAAAACCGUGGAGUGCUUGCUGGAGUCGGACAGAGCAAGCAUCCAUGCAGCCCUCAGCAGCUGGUAUGGCAGCGUGGACAAUUUUUCAGAGUAUGUACGAGGUCCAUUCCGAAACGAGGCAGGGCAUGGGCGAUUUUUUGAUUCGUACCCUGUAACCUUCCUAAACUGCUAUAAUGAGUUAUGUAGGGUUUGGGGUUUAAGGUCAUACAGGGGUUAUAUGUGGAGUAGGAUCAGGGUGAGUACCUACGGGCUGCUUAGACCAAGCAUAACGCUGUAG